AAAAAAAUUUUUUUAGACGAACGCACUUUGAAUAAUCUGCUUGAUUUUCUCCUCUCUCAAUUGUCUGCUCCAAUAUUACAACCAACAGUUGAAUUGCCUGUUCAAAGACCUUUAUUGUUAGAAUUGUGUUUGAGGGAGAAUGAAUGUAUUUCUGAGGAAGACAGAAAAAAGAUUGCUGCAAUUUCUAAUCAACUUUUAAUGCCUUUUGCUGUGUUGGACUGUUCUGAAUCUGCCAAAGAAAUUUGUAAAACUAUUGGGGCUGAGGAAGGAAUGUUUUUGUUAAGUGGAGAGGAAGAUGAAAAGCCUAAGAAAAAUUUGAGCUUGGAUUUGUGCCAGUUAAGAAUUUAGGAAUUUGGGAUGAAAGGAAAAAAAAAUUUUUAAAAAAUGUUAAGUUUUCGAAAUUAUGAGACUUUCGGGGUCG